CUCUGUUCUAUGCCACAUAGAGGGGGAAAGUUAGGUGUGACACCUUUUUUAGCCAUACAGAGUUCUAUGCAUUUGCUUGUGUUACAGCUCAUAUCAUUAACCUCUGUGAACUCCAAAAAUGCAUUCAGUACCUUUUGUGAUUCAUCUACACCAUUCUUACGCACAGUCACAAGAAUAGAAUUGUCGUCUGCGUACUUUGUAAGAUCACUAUCCUGGCAGUACUGAGCGACGUCAAGAUCGUUUGAGAACAGGUUAAACAAAUAAGGACCGCUGACGCUUCCUUGAGUAGUACUGCGGUUGACAUCCUUCCAAUAACAAACACAAACAGUAAAGGAGUUGUAACUUGGAGUUUCACGCACUAAGGAAUCAUCAGACUAAAAAUUCUGAAAACAGAUUUUGGUUUUAAGGUGGAAAUUCGAAAUUCGUGGACGGUUGGAUUAGUGCGUUCUGUGAUUGGUUGUGAAGAACUUGUUCAGUCUCGUUUCUUGUGUGCGCAUGUCAAAAGGAUCUCAAGUGGUUUCUGUACCAUUCUUUGAAGUUAGUGGCUAGUCCAAUGCAUGAUUCCGUUGUUGUCCCCAUUACAGUUACUUGUUAAAUCACAUUUUGUUGCAGGCAAUUACCUUCAAGGGGACAUUCCGGUUUUUUUCGGCAGUUGCACGUCUUUGAUGGUUGUGCAGAUUGUUCUCUAGAUGAUGUUACAGCAGCGUUUAAUGAGAGGAUAUGUUUAUUGUGGGACGAUAGAAUGGCCUUCAUGUUUGGCAUGCAAGAGUAGUUUUAGUGUGUGUCUGUUGAAGAUCUUGUGUAGUGGGUGGUAUUUUGGAAAGCAUUUAAUGAUGAUGCCCAAAGAUUUUCUCCCUAGAUUUGUUUUAACAUUUGAGUCCCACGAGGGGUUGCAGGGCUGUGCUCUAGCAAAGCCCGGUGGUCCCUGCUGCCAAACUUUCGCUCUUGGGCAACUAGAAAAUCUCAGAUUUUUCGUACAAAUCAUAUGCUGGGCACCCUGGAUUUUACAGGUUCAGUGCACUGGGCUCCCUUCAAUUUUUCUAAGAGCACAGUCUUGGGUUGUACCAUGUUAUCUGCCCUUUUCUGUUGCUUUUCUUUUUUUUUUUAUUGCUCCUGAAAAGUUGGGCACUCUAGAAUAAUUAUUCUAACCAGUUCAGAAAAUAUAUAUCUCUCUCUAAUAUAUACAAUACCAUUAAGUGUUAUUCUAAAAGGUAAAUUAAUAAGCAAUAGUUUAUUUUAAUUCAUAAAUAAUCUUAAAUGGCAUGCCAAAUUUGUUACUUGCUUUGUCUUUCUAGAAAAGUGUUUUUUAGACUCCGAAAUUUUUUGUGUCGUUAGAGUUUAUGAGCGCUUUCUCCAUGUUAUUCCAGUCGUCAAUUGAUCUAACUGAGAAUAUUCAUCACCUUCAGUAGUUGUUGUAUAUGGGGCAGCAUAGGUUCAGUUUGCUGAAACGUGUAUUUAUGGAGUAGACAUCAGAAUUCAGUUGAAGCGUAGAUUUUCCUGGUAUUCAGGUGUUUUGUGUUCUGUUGAGAAUCAAUGUGCAUCUGUUGAUGUAUGCAUCUUGAUACAAAGGAAGCAAAUUUAACGUGUUGAACAAGGGCAAUGAAAAUGAGCGUUGUUUUGUGUCCAAGAUGAUCCUCUUUUCUGUAGUGAAAAAAUGUAGUUCAGGUUUUCCUUAGAUGCGGUUGUCCAAAUGUUAAAGCCGUUAUAAGACAGCUGUUUUAAUUACAGCAUUGUAAUAUGUAUUCUUAUGGCCUCUCUUUAAGCACGGACUGAUACUUCUGCUUUUUCGCGAGAGCAUUUCAAUGAUUUUCAAAAGCUAAGUCAUCAUCAGUCUCUACCACGAGGGAUUUGUCUGGAAGUGCUCGUGGGGGUGUCACUGGUGGAAGGGGUCGUGUUUUAACUGAAACUGCCCCUUGCAUUGAGGUUUCAUUUUGUAUGGGUGCUGUCACAGCGUUUGGUAUGCAACUUUGAUGCUGUAGCAACUGGUGUUCUCUUGAUACAAGCUUGUAGCACUUGUGGCAGAAUUUAGGAUUGCAUUUGCCGAGGUCCUUGGUAUCUUUAUUUAACAAGACCUGGACGAGGCCACAAAUCACUCAAUAAUUUAGUAAUUUAUGAACUUAUUGUGCGCAGCUUAACAUGAGAAUGAUCAGCUGCGUAUUACAACUGCAUUACUUUAAAAGAAACAAAUAAAAGAUAAUGUAUUAAAAAAUAAAUAAAUAUAUAUGCGUGCGAGUAAGAACUGAAUAGAAAAUUGCUCACCAAUAUAAAGUUUUAAGAAGAUAAGUCUUAAUAUACGCCUUAAAACUGUUCACAUUAGUAAUCACACAAAGUUCUUUUGGAAGAGAGUUCCAGAGCCUUGGCGCUGCUACCUUAAAAGCUCUAUCACCUAACGUCUUCGAUCGAACAGCUGGCAUAGAAAGUAAAAUACUAUCUGAAGAUCUAAGGUUAUAUAAGGACGAUUUCAAUGUUUGUAAAUCGCAUAGAUAUUUAGGAGCAAGACCGUGAAUUGCUUUGAACGUAAUAAGCAGUAUCUUAAAUUCUAUCCGAGCUUUAACAGGAGGCUAAUGCAGAACACGAAGAAGGGGUGAGAUGUGGCAAAACCAAGGUGCAUUACAAAGUAGCCUGGCUGAGGCAUUCAAAACUCUCUGCAAUUUGUUAAGCUGGUAGUUGGGCCGCCCAUACAAAAGACUGUUACAAUAAUCAAAACGAGUUGUAAUAAAUGCAUGGACAAGCAUUUCCGUUGAUUCUCGAGACAAAUACUUGCGAAUGCGUUUGAUAUUAUGCAAAUGGUAAAAGGCAACACCACAUAACUUGCUAAUAUGAGUUGACAUAGUGAACUGCUCAUCAAACCAUGAGCCUAGGUUUCUAGCUACUGUUACAGGACAAACAUCAGUCGACCCAACCCUAAUGCAAUUGAUGUUAACCUUGGCCAGCUGCUGCCUAGUACCUAUAAUUAAAAAUUCUGUUUUAUCAUUGUUUAACAUAAGAUGAUCUGAAAUCAUCCAGCUCCUGUCACUGAUAUAGUCAGUCAUGGACUUGAUGGCAAAAUCAACAUUCGCAGAUCGAUUGGGGCUGAAUGGUACAUACAACUGUGUAUCAUCCGCGUAGCAGUGAACUUGUGGGAGGUGGCGUUCAACGAUCUGAAACAGUUUGCGCGUGUAGAUAGUGAAAAGCAGGGGGCCCAAAGAUGAUCCUUGAGGAACACCUUGUUUUAAAGGAAACUGAUCUGAGAGACUACCAUUUUCAGAGACACGCUGGAACCAGCCAGAUAGAUACGAUUUAAACCAGGCAAGCGAAUUGUCAGUUAUUCCCAAAUCAGACUCAAGGCGACCAAUCAGCUUAUCAUGAUGUAUCGUGUCAAAAGCUGCACUUAAUUCUAAUAAUACAAGCAAGGUGACAUGUUGCUCAUCCAUAGACAUCAAAAUAUCGUUCUUAACUUUAAGUAAGACCGUCUCCGUGCUGUAUUGCUGUUUAUACGCCGAUUGAAGCUGAGAAUGUAAAUUGUUGGCAGUCAGAUGCUCCAUAAACUGCUCAGCCCCAGCCCUCUCCGACAAUUUAGAAAUAUAAGAGAGGUUCUGUGGUUAAUCCAAGGCACACGCUUCCUAUUAGCAACAGACUUAGUUCUCAGAGGGGCAUAUUUAUGAAGUAACCACGACGGUGUGGAGUUGUAGCAGGAGACCAUCAUAUCCAAAUCCGUAAAAACAUUGGUACACAAUUCAGACGUCGUUAAAUCAGCUCUGAGUGCAUCCAUGUCAAUAGAUUUUAGCUGCCUGUAACUGAUUUCCUUAACAGCUUUACAGGGUUUCACUGAAUCAAGUUGACACAGUACUGUGGCAUGGUCCGAGAUAAACCGAUCAAUCAUCAUGGCAGACUUAAUAACCUGAUCAUAUUGCCUGGUGAUCACCAAGUCCAGAGUGUGGUCACCCUCGUGGGUAGGACCAAUGACAUAUUGUUUUAGGCCAAGCGACGCCAGCAAAUCCAAAAAUUCACAAGCAUCAGAAUCGUUCGUAUUAUUAACAUGUAUAUUAAAGUCACCCAUAAUGAUAAGCAGUUCUGGUGUUAGAAUGAUAAUCUCCAUGUAUGAAACAAAGUCAUCAAAAAACGUUUUCAGAGACACCGGAUGCAGAUUAGAGUAGGGUGGACAAUAGAUAAUUGACAACCUAGUGCGAAACGAGUUGGAUAAAAACUUUGCAUGAAAACAGAAUGCUUGCAAGCUACCUCUUCAAGCCUAUUCUUCUCCAUUUGACCCUUCCAGCUCAAACAUUAACCACAAGCAGAAAAUAGUAACAAAAGUUUAUAUAAUUUGCUAAAAAGCUGGAGCAAGUUGCCUUGUUUCUUCCAAAUGAACACAAGCAGAUUGAAAAGAAAAAACAAAACGGUGUGAUAAGUGCCUGGUAAUUAAAAAGAAAACAACAAUGGGAAAUUCCAUGCAAGAAAAAUACAGCCAAAAUACAGCAUAAAACAAACAGGUUCCAUUAAUAAAAUCCAAUAUUCGAACUGGAUGGCAUGGCUACCUAAUUUUUCUAUCAACAGAAAGAGUGAAAUAACAUUUCGACUUACCAGCAAUUUGCUGGCUAAAAAAAGCUUAACUUACCAGAGUACUUAAAUUUCAGCCAGAAAGAUGUAGAUUUCCAAAUACGCUGAUAUAAAAUUCUCUGAGGGGGUGUGCCCAAACUUUUAAUUUCGGCUCCACUACGCGGAGCAAAAUGAAUAAAAAAACCAUUAGGUUUAUUUUGACUGUUUUAAACUCACAAUUUAACAGUGACUUUAUUUCGACUGCCUUAUCUAAAUGAUCUGAGUCUGAAAGAUCAUUGUCAAAAAUGUCACUAGGACUAUUUCAAACAGUAAUAGAAUUGACCGCACCUUGAAACUACGCUGGAAAAGAUAGAUAGUCACGGUAGUUCUAUCAGCUAAAGCUGGUUUACAUAAAAGCCAUGUUAAAAAAUCUAUAUAUAUCUAUCAGAGUUUCGAGGUGUUUGUAGUUGUCAAAAAGAAAAAAAAUAUAUGUAGAACUAGGUAUUAACCUUUGAUAAAAUGUUCUAAAUUAGGAUUAUAGUGAGGAAUCAAAGAAGCUGGGAAGCAAGCAGUCCAAUUUAGAUUUAAAUAGGUUCAUUGACUUGCAUUUGCGCAGUCCUUGCAUAAUUUAUUCCAAUUAAAUGCGCCCCUAUAGCCAAAACCCGUUUUUGCCAUUAUUGGUUUUGGGAAGAGGCAAUUUAAAGAGAAGAGGAACCCAUAGUAUCACAAGUGGACCUCAUUUUCAAAACUUUUUGGCAUAGGUAUUCAGGUGCCAUAUUGUUGUGAACCUUAAAUAUUUCUAUAGUGAGGAGGUUAAUUUUGCGUAUAAAAAUCCUGUCCCAUCCUAGCUCUUGCAGCAGGCUGGCAGCUAGUCAUUGACUGUUGGGAAACUUUGUAGUAUUAGGACGCUGUGCUCUCCAAUGUCUUUGACACAGAGUGCUCCCUUCUGUUGUUUGUUGGCCUUGACCCUAAGCUUUGUUUGGCCUCCUCUGGCUUCUACCCGAUCGUUCCACAAGAUCGUUUCGCUUAUAUUCUCGUAUUAAUGACCACCCAAAGUCAAACUAAUUGGCCAAAAGAAUCUGUUUCUGCCUCUCUGACAAAGCUUCUCAGCCUCCUCGAGCAAAGGGUGGACUUUAUUGGCUCGACGGGAAGAACAGGCUAAUCUUUUGCCUCUUUGUUGGUGUCAUCGACUUACUUUAAAUCUAUACUGGUCUGUUUCCUUUUUUUCGAAGGGAUGUGGCUGAUCAAACUGAAGCUUUUCAAUCUCGGGGGGGAUUAGCGGUGUCCGUUUGCAAACACUUCAGAUUGUGCAAGGAAUCGUCAUAGACACUAAAAGGUUCUCGUUUUUCCUGGCAAUGGACGACUAGACAGCUGACUACUUUGGCCAGUCACAUGGAAUAAUUCUUACACACGCUGGAGAUUUCAUUAAUAUCUCUGAUUCUGUUUUUAAGGGAAAUCCCUUGGUUUUGCACUGAUGUCAUUGGAAGUGAUGACUUCUUAUGCCUACAAAAUCUGGUCAUCUAGACCAAUACCAGCCCCUCUGUACUCCUUCUGCAGUUAAGUACUGAAACCACUUGUCGAAACACUCUUCGGCUGAUCUUUGAUCUUUUUAGUUAUUAUGAAUGUUUAUUACACCUGCAAUUUCUGAUUUUCCUGUACCUUUCCCCCCUUUUUUGCCCUCUCUAUGUGUUGCGACGUUUUCACCCCGCAGUUUACACAGACAUAGCCAAUGGUGAAUUGCAACAAGGGAAGUUAAAGAUGACCUGUAUCCAGUUUUACGAGGCGAUUAUUUGUUUCACGGCUGCUACAUCUUUUUGGUACAUUUCACUGGAUUCCCUGUCAUCUAAACCAGCUGCUUUGACUCCCUUGGAUUUGCAUUUCACUAUGAAGUGGUUCCGUUUUCCACACUUUAGGCAUUCCUUAUCCAUGAUGGGACCGGAUUCUGAAUUUUCCAGAUCUUGAUAUCCACAAUUGUCACACUCUCUCCAAUGUUGCUGCCCUGGUGGUUGCCUUCUUUGCGCAGUUUUCUUGGGUUUUUGCAUGGUAAGGGUGCGCUCAUGAUCUACUUUAUUGAUUUCCUGCUUAGAAGAAUUGCAGAUGACUUUCAUUUGUGCUUGAAUGCCCUUGGCGGCGCAACACAUCUCAUCAGUCUUUGUGGCAGUGAGGUCAGACUCCCGGAGCAAUCUUUCUCCCACUUUUGUGUCACUUUUGCUGAAAAUUAAAAGAACUCUAAGCAUUUCAUCUGGAGUUGUGUUGUUGAAUUCGCAUCCUUUGGCAAGUUUAUGGAGUGCUGUAUUGUACUGAUCGUAGGUUUCUUCCACUUCCUGCGCUUGUUGAUUGAAUCGGUAGUGUAGUAGUAUUGUUAUUAAAAACAAGUGUAUAGGGUACAGAUGGAGAAAUAUAUGUCCUCUUCCAUAACCAAUACAAAAAAAAAUAUUGUCGUUUUUUGUUUGAUGCAUUACACCUCAGUUAUCUAGUUACUUUGCUUUGCUAGAUAUAGAUUUCUUACAAAUGCUGCAAUAGAUUUAUAUAGGCAAUGUGCAAGCGAAGAAAACCAAGAGUAGAAAAGACAAAAAUGGAACAAAAGAAGCAAUAGAACAACUCCCAUACAACCGUUUCCUAACACGUUUGGGACAUUGGUAUAUUGUUUCCCAUGACUGAUUCCUCAUUGUUAAGUUGAAAAAUAUGGACUUGUGCAGCCUGUAAAGUGAAGAAAAGGAGUCCCAGCUGUACUCUGGCGCAGAAUUGCGAAAGAUGGCACACAUGUGCUUGCAGGGUAGGUGGUUCUGGGUCCAGUCUGGAAUUAAUAAGUUUUUGGACCAUUUCCAGAUAUUUCCCACAUAUGGAGAAACUAUGGAAGAAAAAACUAAAGACAGUCAGUGUUGCACUAUUUCCAAAUAUUGGCCAUAUAUGGAGAAAAUGUGGAAAACAGUCAGUGUUGGACAAUUUUUCAGAUAUUGGCCAAAAAUGGAGAAAAUGUCAAAGGAAACUGCAAACAAGCAGUACUAGACCAUUCAACCAUACGUGGAAAAAAUAUGACUACCGCAUGAAUUUUGCCAUGCAAUUUGUGACUUCCGUUUAAGCAUUGGUGGUGUAAAUUCAGACCACCAUGUAAACUCUGUGUUUGAUGGCUGGUGACUGCAGCGAGCACUUCAGGAAUAUGUAGGGAUUUAACCUUAAUAUUCUUUACAGCUUAGAAAUGCACUCAGGACAUGACCACACACUAUUGCAACAAUUAAUCACAAAUAUUUUUAUUGUAUAUCAGUCUAUAUCAGUUGCUAAUACACAAGGUUCGACUGUAUACAAUCUUAUGAAACAAAAUAAAUUGCAUGCAUGCAGCUGGUAACAUAUGUCCUCAUCAAAAGACGACCCUUGGAACGAGGUUUAGAAUACUGCUGCAGUGAACAUGCAAGUACAUGUACUUUUGUGAAAUUUUUUAACACUUAAUAUUAAUGCCUGAUUCAAUUUUGAUGUUAUAUGUGCCACAGUUGGCGGAGGCUGGAAUCGUGCACAAACUUUCCCUGUAAGAUAUAAUACAUACAACAAAAACAUUAAUAUUCAUUGUUUUUUUUGGUUUUCAAGUUCAGACUCUUGGGAGUGAAAAAGUUGAAAUAAGAAUCCCCAUUAGCAAUUUUACAGGAAGAUUGCAGAUUGAGGUUAAGUAGAUUGAGCAUAAACCUCCCUGCUGUUCUUAACAAAAAUAUUUUAAAAAGUACUUACCAAUAAUAGCAUCCACAAUAGGUUGACAGAGGGGAAUAGUGUUCUCUGAUUUGUUCCCCUUCUUAUUCCCUCUUGCACAUGACAUCUUCAGCUUUUCUUUUGAGAAGAAUACAUCAACAACCGUAUUAAUGUACUCCUCCCAUUUUGUGCAGGCUGAACAAAUAGAACGUGGGCUUGAGUACCAGUAAACACCACUGCCCUCAAAGAAACUCUUUCAUCUGCCAAAAAAGUGUUAUUAAAAGAGUUGCAGGGAAAUAAUCCAAUAUAUAUUUUGAAAUUUACACUAACAUCUGAAUCACAUAGCUGCAUGUGACUUGAAAGCAAUCACAUUUAAAUUAAAAGCAAAAGGACCCUAUAAUGUUAUUGGACUGCCAUUAGGGAAAUUAUGACAACAAUCUAUUCACAUAUCUAGAUCAUCACAUGUAGCUCAAAAUUCACAGUGAUCUGCCUGGCAGAACAUCGUAUAAUUGCAUUCUCACGCACACAAUGAUAUUUUACCUACUCACUUUUGACUGCUUUUGGGCAUUUGGCUACUGAGUCUGAAAGAGUUGUGGGCUUGUUUUUUGUAGGUUUAAAUAUAAAUAUUAUGAUAAUCAUUAAUCAGAAAUUUCCAGUUUUUGCAUAUCUUAAGCACGCGUGCAUUAUAUCUUGGUGAACCAGGAAACAUGUGAUACACUGGUUGCAGGUUCUCAUCCAUCCUCUCACACUCUCAACUCCUAACUUGUUUUUUUAUAAGACACUCACCGCUAAUUUUGAUGAUUGCUGCUUCGUAAAAUUAUUUAUCUGCUGACCAGAAAGCCAUUACAGUUUCCCCCUCUUGCAUUUCUUCAUUAUCGUCCCGAUCAAGGUGCUUAACCUCCCUUUCAUUGAGCACUCUUAUAACUGGAUUGUCCUCGUAUUGAACUAAAAACCAGUUUUCUACAAGAGGAGAUUAUAAACCAUUAUGAAUCAUUUCCAUAAAAUUUGAUGUUUUCAUAAAACUGAAUAUAAAUCGGAUGUCCACAGCAUACCACAGAGCCAUAUUUCAGUUUUUGUUUUACCUAUUUAUCUCCUAUCUCAAAUGAUUCGAAUACAAAACUAUAAGUUUAAUUCAGGCCGGAUAAGAGUGUGUGUGUGUGUGUGUGAGUGUGUUUUGUGUGUGUCUUAAUUGUAAAUGUUGGCGCUUCGUCUGGAAGGACUUGAUAUCUUCUUUGGUUACAUUGAGAGAACUGUCCAGAUGUAUUCUGACAUGGUCAACAAAUGCGCGUGGGUGGUUGUGGAGCCACUGUGGAAGUGCUUGGUUAUACUGCUUCAACUCCCCAGUGGUCCAGUACUGCUACUCAACACUGUGAGCAUCCCUGAAAGGCUUGUAUUACGUUGGUUAGCAAGGAAGUCGUACUUGAAUGACCUGUUCUGUCUUUUGAUGCCAUUAUUGAUAUUGAUUGCCACGUUAAAUUGAUCUUUGCGAUAAGCCCAAACCCAUCUCUUGGUUAAUAAGUAGGAACAAAAUACAGUGCAUAAGUGAGGUAUAUUAUGGAGAAGGAUAUUAAAAUAAUAAUGUAAGCCUUCUUUUGUAGUGGUUAAUUUCAUAAUAAAAUAUAAUUCGUAGCACGGAUUUUUGAAUGAAAAUAAUGGUGCAAGAAUUUUGCUUUGGCCUGUAUAGUUGUAACAAUGAAAUAAUUAAUAGAUCUUCCUUUCAUUUACCCUGUUCUCACAAAGCCACUUUUUUUCAAACCAGUCCCUCAAUAAUACGAAGGAUUUUGUGUGUCCAAUCAGGAGCCGGCAUCCAUUUGAAUGUUUGGAAACAUCCAUAGAGUCGGUACCCAGGGGCUCCUUCGCCCGUACUUGAAAACUUUUGUCUUUCCUUCACUAGAAUAAGAAGAGUUCUUCAACCCUGCACGAGAUGUAGAUGCUAGAUUUAUACUUGCUUCCAUGAUGUUAAUGCCACAAAUGCUGGAAAUGGUCACGACACAAAACUAAGCACUCGAUGAGUCGUCCAUCAUUAUUAUGGUUGCAGCUCAAAGGAUCUUUCAUAGUUGUCUUGCCAAUGACAGCAUCGACAGUAAUCUUGUAUAUCACUGCUCUGUUUGUAACCAGACGUUUCUGGCACGUUUUUUCCUGGAGUAGAGGAUAUAUUAGCGGUCAAAUACGACAUGAACCUCGUUGGCAACGUUAGACUUAGCAUCAACAACUUCUAUGAAAUGGCUUCCCAGGUCACGCUUGUUUCUUACCCAUGAUGACUUUCACAUUGACUGAACUGCUACAAUGGCAUCAAACAUGACGACAGGCCAACUGGACGGGUCUGGAGAGUGAGGUGCCUUGAGAGAAUGACGACCAAGAAAUGUGUAAAGAGAGCUGUUAUUCUUAAAGGGUGCAACACCACUAGCUGUUUUGUUUUUCUUUGUUUGCCAAGCAAACUUCCAUGACUUAAGAUGCACUUUUUUCAUGGGGCCUCAACAUUUUUUCUGGAACAAAUGUGUCAAAAAAUGCCUGACCGAUCUGAUCUCGUGUUAGCCUUCCCUUCUUGAUAUAACCUGGCAUAACUGUUUUUGUGAUGAUGUUCACAAGAUGACUUUCAUCUUUCGCACAUCUUUAAGCUUCUGUACGUUCACCAUAUGGAAAUCAGUCAAGGUAGCGGAGUACAAGGCCGGCCAACUUUCCUUGUCAAAGUGAAUUUCCUCGAUCUUGUUUUCUCAUACUCUUUUGAAUCUGCCUUUCUGGGGGUUUGACACACUUCACUCGCAUCUUUUUUGUUGGGAAUUUUAGAUACUCCGAGAAAAUAUCUCCACAUUUUAAAAACUGAUGACAGUACACUUGAAUCAAUGAAUCAUCCUCGAAUUUUUGUUUUACAUUUGCAUACUGGAUGUCUUCACCUGACAGUUUAAAACUGUCAUAAAUGUCGACAGCAUUUUUUCCCAGUAUGUAAAUAAGCAUAUCAAUGCGCACCUUAUCUGACAGCCCAUCCCAUUCUGUAGCUGCUGCAAAUAACUCGUAGCACUUUAUCCAGUGGUCCCCAUCAUAUGUUUUGGGAGCAAACCUAGCCAGAGGAGAAAUAUGAAAAUGUGUUGCCUCCAUUUCCACGCUUCCACUUUGUGGGUAUACCUUCUGUAUUGAGCCCGUUGAAGAACUUGUUUCCACUUCGGCUGUGGGCGAUGACAUGACUGGCAUGGUUGAUUCCUCGAUUAUUUCUUCGUUUGGAUGUUGAGCAUUGGAAGUCAGAGAGAGAGUUGCCUGUCGCCCAGCCACCUCCGAAUCUUGAGAAGUUGUAGUAAAAGCUGUUUCAUUUGAAGAACCAGAAGAAGCCGCAGAUAGACUGGAGAAGGUGACUAUUUCAUUUGAAGAACUGGAAGAAGAUGCAGAUGGACUGGAGAAGGUGAGUGUUUCAUUCGAAGAACCAGAGGAAGCUGCAGGCGGAUUAGAGAAGGUGACUGUUUCAUUCGAAGAACCAGAAGAAGCCGCAGAUGGACUAGAGAAGGUGACUGUUUCAUUCGAAGAAUCAGAAGAAGCCGCAGAUGGACUAGAGAAGGUGACUGUUUCAUUCAAAGAACCAGAAGAAGCUGCAGAUGGACUAGAGAAGGUGACUGUUUCAUUCGAAGAACCAGAAGAAGCCGCAGAUGGACUGGAUUGGAGUGUGUUUUUACUGAAUAAAAAGAACAAUCAUCUCUACUAA